ACACUUUCCUGGCGCUAAGAUCCGGUAAAAAGGAAAGGAGAACAAUUGUAUAGGUCCCGGCAACUAAAGUCCCUGUUUUAGUGACACCCAGGCGUACUCCAAGUGCGCAAGCGCCUCAGCGGGAAGGGAAGCGAGGCCUGGAGCCCCGAGGGCGGGCCUCUUGCUGCGCUUCCGGGGCGGGGCCGGGAGGAAGAGGCCGUAUCCUAGUCCGGCACCUCCGGCGGCAGCUAUGGCAAUUUUCAGUGUUUAUGUGGUGAACAAAGCUGGCGGCCUUAUUUACCAGUUGGACAGCUACGCCCCACGGGCCGAGGCUGAGAAAACGUUCAGUUACCCGUUGGAUCUGCUGCUUAAGCUGCACGACGAGCGUGUGCUGGUAGCUUUCGGCCAGCGAGACGGCAUCCGGGUGGGCCACGCAGUGCUGGCUAUCAAUGGUGUGGACGUGAAUGGCAAGUAUACGGCCGAUGGGAAAGAGGUGCUCGAGUACCUGGGCAACCCUGCUAACUACCCUGUGUCCAUUCGAUUCGGCCGGCCUCGCCUCACCUCCAAUGAGAAGCUCAUGCUGGCCUCGAUGUUCCACUCGCUGUUCGCAAUCGGCUCCCAGCUGUCUCCUGAACAGGGCAGCUCAGGCAUUGAGAUGCUGGAGACAGAUACAUUCAAACUGCACUGCUUCCAGACACUGACAGGGAUAAAGUUUGUGGUGCUGGCGGAUCCUAGGCAGGCUGGGAUAGAUUCUCUUCUCCGAAAAAUUUAUGAGAUUUAUUCAGAUUUUGCCCUGAAGAAUCCAUUUUACUCCCUGGAAAUGCCCAUCAGGUGUGAACUGUUUGACCAGAACCUGAAGUUAGCCCUGGAGGUGGCAGAGAAGGCUGGAACCUUUGGACCUGGGUCUUAGGCUGAACCUGCAGUGGACCCCACCAAAUUCUUGAGAUCCUACAGCAGGAAUCCUGCGGUUGCCACUUUGAUGGAGAUCCCGGCAGCAUUGUUAUUGCACUUGAAAAUGGGAGGAUGCUGAGCCUGAUGACGUGUUCUGAUCCCGAGCCUUAAUACCAUUCUCUCUUUCCUCCUAUAUCUAUCAUGGUCCUACUUCCCAACUCUAUACAAAUUAUUUAUAGGAGGUAGGCCCAUAAAUGUUGUAAUAAACAUUCCUUU